CUGAAAACUUGUGUGAGAACGAAUUUAAAAUAGAUAGUCCUUAUUGAUAGUCAAACCAUGAAAUUUUCUAAAAAAAAAAAAACACCAGUAAACUGAAUUCCUAUAAAUAUAAAUAUUCCACUCUUGUUAUUUUCCCUUUGUCUUCCUACUCCCUGCAGAUCAACUAUAGAGGAUAGAGGAGACACAUAAAUGGAGAAGGGAAACAUCAGUGUGAUAACAGAAUUCAUUCUCCUGGGGCUGACUGACAACCCCAAAGUGGACACUGUCCUUUUUGUCCUGCUCCUCCUGCUAUAUCUGGUGACCAUCGUGGGCAAUCUCUGGAUCAUCUACCUAAUUCUGGUCAGCGCUCAGCUCCAUUCACCCAAGUAUUUUUUCCUUAGCCAGUUGGCUUUCUUGGAUUUCUGCUAUUCUUCCGUCUUUAUUCCUAAAAUGCUGGUAAACUAUCUUGCAGGACACAAGGUCAUCUCUUAUCAGGGUUGCCUCCUGCAGUAUUCCUUUGUCAGUAUGUUCCUGACCGCAGAAUGCUUCCUCCUGGCUGCAAUGGCCUAUGACCGCUAUGUGGCCAUAUGCCAUCCACUUCACUACAGAGGUCACAUGACCCCCACUUUCUGCAUCCACUUGGCGGCUGCUUCCUACUUUACAGGCUGUGCCAACUCCUUCACCCACCUAAGUAGCUUGCUCAGUCUGUCCUUCUGUGGCCCCAAUGUCAUUAAUCAUUAUUUCUGUGACAUCCCAUUACUCUUCCAGCUUUCCUGUUCAGACAGCCAGUACAGUAAGGUUUUAUUUAUGGUUCUCUCUGGAACGACAUCCGUCAGUACCUUUCUCAUAGUGGUUAGCUCCUAUCUGGGAAUCAUUCUUGCUGUCCUGAAGACACACUCGAGGAGAGGGAGGUACAAAGCCUUUUCCACAUGUGCCUCCCACCUCACCGUGGUGACACUCUUCUAUGGAACUAUGAUCUUUACCUAUCUGGGAACGAGCUCUAGCUACCCACAGGAGACAGCCAAAAUCCUGUCUGUAUUUUACACUCUUUUAUUGCCAAUGCUAAAUCUUCUGAUAUACAGUGUGAGAAACACAGAGGUCAAGGAAGCAAUGAAAAGGAUUAUCAUGAGAAAAAUAUUUGCUCAGUGA